AUGAGUGGGCGCCUGUCUUCUUGUGAACUUCCUGAACCACGGCGCAGUGAAAUCAUGUCUGCGGCUGGAAGGCGCUCGCAACUCGCCUUAGCAGUUAACCGCACGCUGGAUCGCAAAUCAUUAUUUUAUACUUCAUCCAACACACACAACACGGCCGUCGAUGCAGCGGGCAGUUCUCGAAUCAGCGGUAUCAAUGAGCAUAAAUUAGACACUUGCACCAACACCACCAUUAGGGAUGUGGUAAAAUGCGCAAUUAAUAGGGGUUCUGGUAUCACCGAUUCAGCGACUGCAGUGAGGGCGUUGUCGGUAUUGCCAUCGGAAACACUCAUGUCAUCUUCAAGACCAUCUGAAUUAUUGUCUCAUUGUCCUCUUUCCGGUAGCUUGAGGGAAAGAGGUGCGGAUCCAUUAAGGUCAAUGCAACCAACUUCACAACUCAGUUUUAUGACAUGCAGCAGUGCUGGCCCAAGAAUCAGCGCAGGUAAAAGGGUGAGUGCACCUCCCAGAGUGGAACCAACAGUGAGCUGCAGAAUUUCAACCAUGCAAAUUAGUCCACGACUGAGUUGUAUCGCUGACCGUAGCGGCGCUGUUGCGCGAUCUGAUAUCGCUGUGGGCGGCAGAUCGGCACUAGUGGGGGUGCACUCACCACAGCCGCGAGUGAUUAAUAGCGGUCGUGUAGCAUAUGGUACGUAUACGCGGAGAAGCACUGAAAAUGACGGUGUUGCUCCGGCAAGGUGUGCACCUGCAAUUUCGUCCACGUCCAGCUCUGCUCGUAUUGCUGCAAUUCGUAGUGAAAAGUCUGUUCUUCCCCCAGCCGCUAUCGCAACCACAACCGCAACACCAACGAAAACAACUCCUGUCACUCCUGUUAGCGCAUCCAGUAGCGCGAGCAUUCAUUUUGCAGUUUCCAGAACAGCGGCGCCACGUAAUGGAGCCGCUGCUGACAAUAGUGGCAGUGGUACUCGCGCUGCGCCGGAUGUGUCUGCCUUUCGUAAUUCGAGGCUUUCCGAUCAUGAAGGAGCUCAGCAGCUGAUUAGCCCGGAAAAACAAGCGCGCGAUGCUGAUGGAUGCACUGGAGCCAAGGGUGUUUCAAGGCGACUGUCUUUUGAUGAUGGGGCCGUGAAGAUGGGCUCGAACUCUUUGGAUUUCUCAAAGGAUAGUACGAAGGCGUCGUCCAGAGUAAACGGGGCUGACAAACCAGAGCAGACGACCGUUUCACUAAGCGCUAAUACUCAACAAUGGAGGGAGGAGUCGAGGACUACCUUAACCCCUGUGCGUCGUCCCACUGCGCCACCUACCUUUAUUUCUACUCUCGAUCCCUGUCCUGUUAAUGUCAAUGAAGGAGUGGUGACAACAACAAAGUCAUCAGCGGACGAGGUGGUACUGGGAAAACAUGUACAGGAAAAUGAUGUAAGGGCUCAUGGGCGAGAAAGACAAACGGUCAAUGUCUCCCGCUUGCACAGUUACGCGGGUGCACCCGUCCAUGAAACUGGGCAGAAGCCGUUCAUUAGAGAAAGUGUGUGUGGAACCGACAGUGAUCGAUCACAAUCAAAUGUCGUGUCUUCUCGUAUCAGUCAAGGAGACAUCAGAUUCUGCAGCGCUCUUCGGCCCAAAUUUGACAUGUGUUCCGGUCGUUACGGUGACAAAGUGGCUCAAGUGAAAAUGAGCAGAUGCCAUAGCGCUGGAUCAAGGUUGUUGCCAGCGUCGAGGGAAAGUGGUGGAACACUCUUCAACGAUGAGCGUAACACUAGUUUUGGCGCUCGCAGUCGUGCUCGUGCGAGCGAUCAGGUUGGUUGUAAUAGUCAUAAGGAAGCUAAUGGUUCUAGUCAUGCAGCGUCUUUGGUUUCGACAACAGCAGGUGGUCGGUUGGAAAGAGCGGAACGGCGUCCCAUACCUCCUGCAUCACAGUGGAAGGGGACGUGUUUUCCUGCAUCCCUCACCGCUGUCGAUCGUGCUAGCGGCUCAAAUACAUAUGCUGCUACCACCGCUAAAAGGGCUUCUUCUACUGAUGCGCAAACCUCUGAAGGUUGUGGUGCUUUCCUUCGCGGAUUAAAAUUGGCAUCAUCUGGCGCAGCUGAUUCAAUGGAGCCCCAAGUCAUUCCCCCUACUUUUUCCAAAGACACAGAGACCACAUUAACCUUCACCCGGUGUGUGACUGAAUUUUGUACAACGAUCCUCCAGGAGCGAGACCGUCGACAUGAUGCGGAGGCGGGGGCGGAGGUGAAGGCUUGCCAUCCUACACGGAAAAGUGGUUCUAUGGAUGUCACAUCUCUUUGCUUUUCCCGCUGUGCUUCGGGUCGCAUCGUGCCUCAGUCACGUGAGUGGCCCCGUCGUGCCGACCCCACUUCCCAAAAGCGUCUUAGCUGCCCGUCAGUUCCUCUCCGUCGUUCUGCAACGGCGCCGUCAUGGCGGUGUCGGAUGUCUACGCGUGAAGAAACCACUUGCCCAAUUAGGGCUCCCAGCCCUACGAAUACCACAACAUCAUCCACCGCUUCGGUUCUCCUCCGUGUGCGGAAUGUACUCGACGAGCGCCGUGCGCGAAUUCAAGCGAGUUUGCAAGAGUGGCGGAAUGGUACGAGUGAGGCGGGUGGCAACGCUGCAAAGGCAGUAGUGCUCGCCCGUGUCGAUCAGUCCAAUCAUCAACAGUUGAAGUUCAACAGGGGCGGAGGUAGUGGCAGUGGGAGCAGUGGCGGAUGCUACGGUAUAAGCAGCAGCAACACACCCGGGGAGAUGACAGAACGGGUUGACAAAUCCCAUGAGAGGUCAGAGGAGGAGGAACACACGCCCCUUCAGGCGCCGCUUCACGGGGAUGAGUCCCACAUGCAACAAAAAAGGUAUGUAUUAUUAGCGAGUGAAAGCGUUGCAUCACCGAAAAGAAUUAAUAGUAGCGAUCACCAUGGCACUGACGAUAGCGAAGGGAAUGAUACAAAUCACAUUAGUGUUGGAGGAGAUGCCGCGAGGAGGGGCGAGCAACACGUGGAUUGCGACAAUUGCGUGUCUGAUGGCUACGAAGCCGACUAUUGUGAUGAUGAUGAUGAUGAUGACUGUGGUGAGUCAAGCCACAGUGAUGAGGAUCCGUGGUGGUUCUUUGAAUACUUUUGGAGCGGUCCUGCUAUUGUCGUUGUACCACCAGCUUUUGUGCCCCCACUGAAUUUCGCUAAACUUCUUAUACCCGAUGACGGAACUGCGCUAAAGAAGUACGCUAUUCCAUUGCCGACCCCAAUGCCUCUGUCACCAACGAGAGCCAACCGGACCGUUCCGACUGAUUUUGUAGCGCCCCCCGCGUUUAACCCGCCGCAUUCCUCAGCAGCAUGUAGUGGUUCUCGUAGGAGACGCCUGGCUGAAGUUAAACAAACUGAAACCUCAGUUGAGGCGAAACGGGAGAGAGGAGUAAGUGUUAAAAUAUUGCUGUUGGAAACGGCAGAGCGGCGCAGUCGGCGGUUGCGGCAUCAGGAAGAGAUCGCUAGUCGCUGGGCUUUGCAAGAGCAACGUGCUGAAGAGUUAAGAUGCCAAGGACUUUGA